GAACCAAUUUCAUCGCAUCGCAUCACUAUCUCUCUCUCCGACGUGCGAGUAGGAGGCGAAGUUUUCGCGAGUUUUAAACUGCCAUCCGAAAUCGGUGAAACCGUACCAGAAUAUGGCAUCGUUGGUGAAUAGUGUUCGCAGCCUGGCCUGCCGCAAUACGUCCCUGUUCCGCUGCGUGCUGCUGCGAUCGGUGUCCUCUGCCGCGGUUGUCCGGCGGGAGCGGUGUAAUGGGAAGUUUUUGACAGCCCCGGCCUCGGCGCUGCUCUCCCCCGUUGAGCCGAAACAAAAUGGUCGAUGGCAACGGGAGAUAGUCAGAAAUUACAGUGCUAAGGAACCGCUAACACUGCAGCUGAUCAAAGAGCGUGUCCUACUGGUGCUUAAGCUGUACGACAAAGUCAAUCCCGAAAAGCUCACACUGGAGUCGCACUUCAUCAACGAUCUUGGGCUCGAUUCGCUGGAUCACGUCGAAGUGAUAAUGGCCAUGGAAGACGAAUUUGGCUUCGAAAUUCCCGAUGGAGACGCAGAAAAGCUUUUCAGACCUGCCGACAUUGUUCAGUACAUCGCUGACAAGGAAGAUAUUUAUGAAUAAGGUUUUCAUAAGCAGGACACCAGUGUAAAAACAAAACUCUGUUUCUGUCAGAAGCUGUAGAUUCUAGUGUGGGAAAUUUGAUGAUGAAUGUUUUAAACAGAUACAAUUCAUGGUCACCAUUGUCGCCGGCAUGCUGUAAGCGUGAGAAAGGAUGCCGAAUGUAAAUCUUAGAGAAAGAGGGCAAUAAGAUCUGCUCAUGGAACGUAACAACACGCCUAUUGAAUUAGGUUUUCCAGCCACUCCGUGUUGCAAAAGGGCAAACAAAUAGAAUAAUACCAUAAUUACAAUAAAAUGUAUCUGCUAUUUCGUCGCUCCUGUUAAAA